AGUUAAGAAAUGCGGUAGUCGGACAUCUUAUCAAACUGGUAAGCGGUCAGACACCGUAGUGGAAGCUAACGAUAACAAUGUAAAGGUAGUAAUUAAAGGAAAAAAGGAAAAGGCAGUAUCUAAAGGUAAUAAGAAAAUGACGCGUCAGAGGGAAUUUUUUGACGGAAAUGCCACUUUUUCUGAAGAUGAUUUGUAUGGAAUAUUGCACGCAAAUGUGGAUUACGUAGGCGAUUUUAAUUUCCUUUUACCUGAUGAUGGCGAUUUCCUUCUUGACGACAUGUCACGAACAAUGAAAACUAUUUUGUGUGUUUUAUACAGCCUUCUCAGCGUUGGUGCUUUUGCAGGAAAUGCAUGCAUAUUAAUCGUGAUUAUUGCAAAACGCUCACUGAGAACGGUAACGAACACUUUCAUACUGUCGUUAGCUGUAAGUGACAUUCUAAUCGCCGGAUGGAAUAUGCCACUGCAGCUGUUAUUUCAUCUGAACAACGAGUGGACGUUUGGCGAGACGAUGUGUAAGCUGACAAGCUUCAUACAGGGUGUUGGUAUUAUUACUAGUAUACUGGCGUUGUCCGCAAUAGCAAUUGAAAGGUAUCACGUGAUCUGUAACCCGAUUAAAGCUCGAUACAUACGUAGCACAAAGUCAGCUGUCUUUUUGACCGUUACAAUCUGGACGACUGCUAUCCUUGUCAUGCUUCCACAUCUUUGGAUUCAGCGUUUACAACAACGGUUGUCAUGGCAACACGAAAAAUACCCACCAAUUCGAAUCGCGUAUCUCUGUGUUGAAUACUUUCCGAAGUUUUCAUACAAUGUGUGCUAUUCAUUUGGAUUUUUCUUCAUAUUCUAUGUUUUGCCAGUAAGCGUUAUGACGUUUGCAUAUGGUAAAAUGGCUAACGUUCUUUGGGUACGGACUCAAAUCGGAGAACCUUUGACACAAACGCAACUUGGCGACAAAAGAGAAUUGCAGAAGAGAAAUAUUAUUCGGAUGCUUAUUGUUAUUGUGCUGUGUUACAUUAUAUGUUGGCUCCCUUUCUUUGCCGUCCAUAUAGUGAUUCUUUUCUGUGAGUUCACAAACACCGUUCGCAUAAUACAAGCAUUUGCGUUGCUGUUCGGAUAUUCAAAUGCAUUUGUUAAUGCGUUAAUAUACUUUUUCCUAAAUGCUAAAUUCAACCAGCUUAUAAAAGAAAAGCUUGGACAAUUAUGCAAUAGAAGUUCCAAGGAUAGGCAAUUUACAAGGAAGCCCACACCGCUGCUAUCACGUAGUACAAGUGUAUAGGAAGUUAACAUUAUAUAAUAGCAUGCCAAAUUCAACCAUCUUGCGUUAAUAUACUUUUUCCUGAAUGCUAAAUUCAACCAGCUUAUAAAAGAAAAGCUUGGAUAAUUGUGCAAUAGAAGGUCCAAGGAUAGGCAAUUUACAAGGAAGCACGUACCACUGCUAUCACGUAGUACAAGUGUAUAGGAAGUUAACGUUAUUUCAUUGCAUGUCAGUCGAUUCAAGGACAAAGUAAUAUAACCCAUGUACAGAAUUGUCUGUUUAAGAAAAUCUGUUUUACUCAGAUUUGCAAGCGUCCGAUAUGAGAGCUUUAUCCUUGACAUUAAGAAUUAUUUUGUUUGUAUUUAGAGGUGUGUACCAAUGCAGUUCAUGAUACAAUUUGUUACAUACUACUUUUCCCGGAGAGAUAAAGAUUGCAUAUAUAUGGAUAAUUUUUAAUAUCAUGCUGUAAGAAAAGGCAUUUUUUCAAGGUUUUGGAUCGAUUUUCAUUUACAGACAUACAAUAAGUAAAUAAUCAGACGUAUAACUGUUUCUAUGCAGAUUUUUGUAUGAUUUUGAUGACUGAAGGUUUUAUCAUUUUAAUAGAAAAAACAUGCACCACGGACACCCGAUUGUAGAAAGCUGUAAUGAAAUACAUAUAUACUAAUUGUGUAUUAUAGUCACCAGGUUUAUCACAUUUCAGUCGAUAUAUUAUCAUAGCUUUUCAGUACUUUGUUGAUUUUGCUUCCCGUUUACCUAUGAAACACGUAUUUAAACAAAACAUACAUAGCAUUCCUGGUAAGGAUAAUAAAACAUUUAUUGUUGUUACAUUCUAUCCAAAGAUAAACAUUGAACACAACCGACCUCUUGGUAUUAUAAAUAUGUUACAAUGAAUUAAUGAACGGCGAAAUUGUUUACCAAAAGACGAUAUCGUAAACGCUAAUGUGGUUGUUGUUACAAAAUGUAGGAAAAACUAUCUGUGAUUAUAUAUCAUUUACAGCAUAAAUAUACACUGUUGUCUCCAUAUCACAAUGCUUAUUUAACCAUCUGAUUUGACUUAACAUGCAUUUCCACUACCGUCCAUGAACAGGUUCAUUCAAACAGAGCCUGCAACAUU